UUACUGCAAAUUCUUCGCUUCAAAUUCAAUCAUCUCGGUAUACAAAAAAUGUAAAUAUUUUUUGACGUCAAUAAAGAAUUAAUUAUACUAUGAAUCGCUUUGAAUUCUGUACAGCAACAUUAAUUGAUGGAGAAACGGUAGUGACGAAGCAUGAUUCAGUCAAAAUAUAUGAUGGACAUGAAAAGACAAUAUUUGAGGAUGGAGAAUUGACAUUAACAACUCAUAGGAUAUUUUGGGGAAAGUCCGGAGAGUUUUCAAAAGGAUCGAAUAUAAUUCAAUUGAGAUUACUGUAUGUAAAAUCACUUGAUGAAGAAAUCGGAUCUUCAAUGUUUUUUGGUAAGAAGAAGAGAUUAAUUGUGCGAUUAAAUGAAACUACACCUGGCAAAAAUCCUGGUCCAAUGGAAUACAGUAAAUUCUCGUUCAUAAAAUUUUCUGGUGCAAACGGAAUAUCUUUAAAUUUUAUUCAGGCACUAAAUGAGACUCUCUUAGCGAAAGUAUUUGAAAUUAAUGAAACAGUUUUGUCACCAUCAAAUACACCACGAAUAAAACAACGAUCUGGAAUUGUUGGAAUUGAGAAGAGUAUUCAAGAAAAGCAGAAACAAACAGAUAAGAAUAUUUCAGCUGCCUUUCAAGACUUAAAUAAAUUAAUGGGAUAUGCAAAGGAAAUGGUUAAUAUAUCGAAAAGUAUAAGUCAAAAAAUUCGUGAUAGACAAUCAGAAGCCUCAGAAGAUGAAACAUUAAAAUUUAAGAGCUUAUUGAUGAGUUUGGGAAUCGAUGAUCCAGUUACUAAAGAAAAUUUUACAAAUAAUACAGAUUAUUUAAAGAGUUUAGGGAAUGAAAUAUGUCAAUCAUUAUUGGAUAUAAUGACUGAACAAGGAGGUAUGAUGACAAUCACGGAAGUUUAUUGUCGGAUAAAUCGAGCACGAGGAUUUGAGCUAGUCUCUCCUGAUGAUGUUUUAAAUGCAUGUAAACUGUUGAACGGUCCAAUGAAAUUACGACAGUAUCCAUCAGGUGCUAUGAUUUUGCAACUUGAGAAUCAUAAUGAUGAACAAGUUGCUGAAGAAAUUGCAAAGCUUCUAGAACAAAAAGGAUCAUUGUCAAUUGAAGAAUGUGCCAGAGAGAAUAAUUUAAGCGUAUUUUUAACGCACGAACGAUUUCUUAUUGCUGAGCGUGCUGGAAGAGUGUGUCGAGAUGAGUCUGUUGAAGGUCUUCGCUUUUAUCCAAAUUUGUUCUUAAUAAAAUAAUAAUAAAAUGCAUAUUGUCAAUGAUUCUAUUAAUAAUCAAAAUUAAGCAUGUGUAUAGCAUUGUCUGUUGAAAUGUAAAGAUGUCUUUCGUCCGAUUUUACAUUUCUACAUAUAGCUGGUGUAUCCAGAUGAAACACUUUUUCAAAUGUCCGCGGCAUCCUUAUAU